AAACGUUACUUAAAAUUAGCACAGGUUUCUGGCGCGUGGAAAAAUUUUUUGAUCGAUUUUUCCAAACAUUACAUACAGAAUGAAGUAUUUGUUGCUUUCAAAUGGCAGUGAAUUACCCAUUGUGGGACUAGGUACUUGGAAAACAGAGCCACAGGAGACCGAGGAAGCUGUUGAAGUUGCUUUACAAAAUGGAUAUAGACAUAUCGAUACUGCCUAUAAUUAUAAUACUGAGGAACCCGUUGGUAAAGUGAUCAAUAGGUGGAUCGAAUCAGGAAAGGUUAAGAGAGAAGAAUUAUUUAUCACAACUAAGCUACCAGUGUUCGGAAAUAGACCUAAAGAUGUGGAAAAAUACCUUAAAAUGUCACUAAGUCGACUAAAUCUUAAUUACGUGGAUUUGUACCUUAUACACAUGCCUUUUAGCUUUCAUAGUAACAAAGAAAUGUCGGCACCUUUAAUAAAUGAAGAUGGUACAUUUAGCGUGGAUAACAAUAGUGAUCUUAUAACUACAUGGAAGGAAAUGGAAAACCAAGUCAAAAAUGGUUUGACCAAAGGUAUAGGUCUCUCAAACUCAAACUUAGAGCAAGUAAAAAGAAUAUGCAGUGCAGCAGAGAUAAAACCAGUGGUAUUACAAGUUGAACUUCACGCAUAUUUACAACAGAAGGAAUUAAGAGAUGCUUGUAAAGCGAUGAACAUAGCAGUAACAUCUUUUGCAACUCUAGGAAGUCCUGGAACAGAUCAACACUUUUCUAAAAAAUAUAAUCAUGCAAUUGAUAAUUUUCCGGAUAUUUUGGGACUGCCACUAGUCAAAAACCUGGCUCAAAAGUACAACAAAGCACCUGGUCAGAUUUUACUGAAACAUUUUAUUCAACAAGAUAUCUCUGUAAUCCCAAAAAGUAAAAAUCCUGCAAGAAUCAAAUCAAACAUUGACCUUUUUGAUUUUGAGUUAUCACCAGAGGACCUUCAACAAUUAAAUGAGCUAGAUAGAGGAGAAGAGAGUAGAAUAUUUACUUUUAUUUUUUUCAAAGGAGUGGAAAACCAUCCAGAAUAUCCAUUCAAGUAAUAUUUAUUUUUUAUACACAUUGCUUGCAAUAAAAUAAAAUUACAUUUCCAUUAA